AUGCAUAAGAGCAGGGCUGAGUCACCGCAACGGCUGUCGGUGCAGCGACGGCGCUCGAGUGACUGGCACGACUGCGGAAGCGACGACCGUUCGGAGGUCGUUUCACGCGACAAAGACCAGUUUACGCGCGAAUUUCGUGCCGCCAAAGUCUUGUCUCGUUUGCGCAAUGCUUUACGCCACCAAGGCGACGUGUCUUGCGUUCGAGUCCCGCCAGAGGCGCAUAUUGGAUCGAGAUAA